AAGAAGAGGAGGGGAUGGAAGGGAAGGCGAGGAAGAAGAGAGUGAGAUGGAGGCGCGUGGCGGAGGAGAUGGGCAGCUCUCUUACGUGUGCCGCGGCUUCGGUUUUGUGGCGGCGUGGCCUCGUUGCCGCCUCCCCUUCUCUCCCCCCCUCUCCCUUGCCUUUAAAGCAACUGCCUCCUUCGUGCCUGCCCUUCUCCAUCCUCCUCUCCUUCUUGCAGUAUAUAUACAGCAGCGCAGCUGAUGCUUUGAAGCUUUGAACUCGCUGCAUGACCGAUAGAGAAGACAUGACGAUGUGGUGGAAGUUGAUGCCUUCUUCAUCAUCCAAAUCCUGCAACUCGUUAGCAACUGGAGAAGAGCUGUUCAUGGCGAGCAACGCUGACGGUUCUUCCACCCCGUUAAACGUCAACGAGGAGUACGAGAAGACUCUCAGAACCAAGUCUUUCCUUGACAUGUGGUCCAGAGUCCAUCGAGUACAGCCCCAGCGGACUGUCUCAUCUAUCGCCUCGUCCUCGGAGGACGGUGACGAUGGCGACGAGGAUAGGAAGGAGGCGAGUCAUCUUGAUACAAGCCCAUGUACCGACUCUUCUCAUGUCUCAUACGCCAACCUUCUUGAACCCAGUCAAGAAUCCCUUGUCGCAGCGAUGGCCACCGUUCAUGGCCGCAGCGCCCACCUCCGAGCCCAUUCCCUCCUCCUCGAGUACUUUGAUGUCACCUUCCAGGCCUGUGAUGCAUGCGCGAAGCUCUUGGCUUCCCUCAGCCGCGCUAGAGAGCACCACCGUUCGAUCCGCCAUCUUCUCGCCAAGGUAUCAUCUGCUUGCUUCGAUGAUAAUGAUUGUUGCGCCGACGUCGACCAUCUCGCUUCUCUCCUUCGGCUGGAGAACCCACUCUGCUCGGCAAACCUUGCCCGGUUUUACUCUGUGCAAUCCCAGUAUAGAACUCUGAUGCAGCAGCUGACGAAAGCCCACCGGAGAACCCUCAGAAUGGUGCGACUCAUCAGGCUAACCAAGAAGGCCGCCAGAAUCGUAGUCGUCAGCGCAUGCAGCAUCGCCGUGGCGGCCGCACUGGCGAUCGCGGCGCACACGGUGAUCGGGAUCGGGGUCGUGGCGGCGGCAGCUCCGAUGGUGAUGACGACGCGGCCGCGGGCGGCCAUGAGGCGGGGGAGGGCGGCGAGAGCGAGGCACCUGGAGCGGCUGGGCGCGCAGGUGGGCGCCGCCGCCAAGGGGGCGUACAUCGUGGGGAGGGACUUCGACACGAUAAGCCGAACGGUGCGGCGGGCGCACGACGAGGUGGAGCACGAGCGGGAGAUGGCGAGGAUGGCGUUAAGGGGCAGGGAGCUGCAGCUCGCGAGGGAGGUGGCCAGGGAGGUGGAGGGCGGGGCGGCGCGGGUGGAAGAGCAGCUGGAAGAGCUGGAGGAGCAUGUCUACUUGUGCCUGAUCACCAUCAACAGGAGCAGAAGUAUGGUGGCGCAGGAGGUGAUGGAAGGUGGUGCUGUAGCGGCCAAGGCAAUGGCUUGAUUCCUUCGGUUUCCAUUACAACAUUGCUUAGUUCUCAACGGAGGUUUAUUUUCUUCAUUUGAGAGAGACCAGAAUGAUGA